AUGCUACAGAUUAAUAUAAAAGUGAACGAUUCGUCGGCGAAAGGCAGCAUAUUCUUUUUCACCAUGAAGCUGAUCAUAUCAAUCUUCUGCUGCGGUUUCUUCAUUGCCAGCAGUUUAGGCUCAGCGAGCAGGAAGAAUAGCGACCAAGAAACUGGAAGAUUUGUCGCAACGCUUCAGUCUCCAGUUCCAGCGCCAGCCCCAGCACCGCAUGUGGUUUACAAAAUACCACCAUCAUAUUAUCCGCAUCCACAUCAACCACAACAAUGUUUUUGUCCACCGUCUCCACCAGGGCCGCCGGGUCUACCUGGUCCGCCAGGUCCUCCAGGAAGAUCAGGAUAUCCUGGCCAAAAAGGAGAUAAAGGAGAAAAGGGCGACAGAGGACACCUUGGUCCCCAAGGAGUACCAGGACCUCAGGGUCCUAUUGGACCGCCUGGCUAUCCAGGCAGCAAACCCUGGCCGUCACAUCCCCCUAUUUAUCCCCAUCCACCUCCUAUAAUAAUACCUUUUCCUAUUCAUUCGUCAAAAAAAGGACACCACCAUGGGGAUCACAAUGAUGGUCAGAAAGGAUAUCCAGGGCAUCCAGGGUAUCCGGGAUAUCCUGGUUAUCCAGGUCAUCCGGGCUAUCCAGCUCAUCCAGGACAUUAUCCUCAUCCAGACAAUCCUCACCCAGGACAUCAGCACCCAGGACACCAGCACCCAGGGCAUCAGCACCCAGGACAUCAUCACCCAGGACAUCAACACCCAGGAUACCAACAUCCUGGACAUUCACACCCAGGACAUUCCCACCCAACUCAUCCACAUCCAGGACAUCCACAUUCAGACCACACACAUCCAGGUCAUAAUUGGCAUCAAUGGGGACCUCCGCGAAAAUAUUCUACAGGGCUUUCCAUGGAAAACGAAGUGUUUCUGGAGCUUCCAGAAAACGAUAUAAAUACUUUUGAAAAUCUUAACGAUGAAAAUACCUUAAGCCAAAACGAAAUGAUGGCGCAAGCGACUUAUCUAACAGACCCCCUGUCCGAUAAAGGUGAAUCUAGUGAUAAUAUGUCUGAUACAGAUAACAUGAGUGCAGAAGAUAGUUCAGAAAUGAGCGAUCCAAGCACAAAUGAGCAUGGCAUUCAAAAAAACAAGCCAGCAACCACCGACAACGAUUUUAUUGAGGAUAAUAGCGUCGAAGAACGAAGCAGCAAAGGUCCAAUUAUCCUAGCCAUAAGCACCCCUCGCCAUCCAUUUCAAAUGUAUUCAUAUGAUAAGGAACAAAAUACAAAUUAACUAAAUCAA